GUCGGGGUCAACAAAAAUGGGAAAAACGUAGUUAAAAGUAGCUUGGGCGACCAUCCAAAAUUAAAUAAGUGCCGUAACGCUUGUGAAAGAUGGCUUUCCACUGGCUUACAGGAGCAAUGUGAACGGUUAAAAACUACAUUUCUAGAUAGAACUAACGAUGAGGAAUCUUAUACACAUAUUACUUUUGAGUUUAAAGUCUGAUGGUGAAAAACGCAUUUCAAUACGACGGAUUUUCAUGAUUUUCACCAUCUUAGAACAAGUGCAAUAGAGCAAUGAAGCAUUUUGAAAUGAUUUUAAAUAAUAAAUAAUAAUAAAUAUUAAUAGACCAUCAUAUAAAGUGUAAGACAGGACCGAAAGAACUACCCCUGCUUUUUAUUACACAUAUUUAUCUUAUGAAAAGUUUUUGCAGUUAUAUUACAGUUAUCGAUAAAAAUUGAUAACAUCCAGAUUGUAAUACAUUCGAGACUGUCUCAUAUAUGUUAAACGAGUUCAUUACUUGCACCGUAAAAGCAUUAUCUUGAACUUCAAGUAUAAUAAGAUUCUUUUCGUUCAGAACUCACUCUUUUCUAUUAUUUUAAUUUUGAGUUUCGUUACAAGUGCAAAAAAAGAAGUCUUAUAUAGUUCUGAAAAGCUUUUCUUCUUCUUCGUCGGUUUAGAAAUAUUUUGUUGAUGAAUGCAACAAAUAUCCAUUUUAACCGAAACACAAAAAGUAAAUAAACGUAAUAAUAAAUUGAGAAAAAACAACAACGCACAAAAAGUAUUUUUCUGACGACAACGUGUUUUUUUACUUCUCACUUCUUUUUCUCUUAGUUGUAAAGAACAAAAAAUAUAGACUAAAGUAAAAAAAUAAAUAUAGAUGAUUUUUUUGUUUUAUUUAGUGAAAAUUUUAAAUUGGCUAAAAUUCUGAUACGGCUACCUAAUAUGGCUCUAACAUCAUCAUCUGUUAACAUUUUCACAUUAUUAGCAGUAAAUCUAAUAGUUUCUCAGGUAUUAUCUAUACAACCAGCUAUUUAUUUUGAGAAACCUCUUAAACUUGUUGCGCCGAUCAUUGUUGCUCCGGAAAACUUUACAGUUCUCAAAGUGUAUGCUGUAGUAGUAUAUCUUGGACUACCUUUUAUAACUGUUAAUGAAAAUCCAGUUUAUAUUAUUGACAAUGAUUUACCUGAAUAUGAAUCAGUAAUUAAAUAUCCGAAAAAAAAAUCGUUUGAUGAUACUCCACCUGAGUAUACAUCGGUAAUGAACAAUCCGACGGGAUUCGGAUUGGAUUCUACUCCUGUAGUAACAGAUACGAGGAGUAUUCGAAUACCGAUGAUACCGAGUGCACCACCUCCACCAUUUGAAGAACACUGGACAAAUAAUAACAUUUCCUCUUCUUAA